CUGUUGGGAAAGUGCGUGCGGAGAGGAAGGCUCGGCGGCGGCGGGGAGCUGAGCGAGCUGCGGGGCUGGGGCAGCCCCGGCAGCGCCGCACGGGAGGAGGCGGAGGAGGAGGAGGAGAGUAGGAGGAGCUGCCGUGUGACCCGCACAGCUCCCAAACUUCAAAGUUUAUCCGCCCGAAAUCGAGAGCGGCCGCGGUACGCGCACCGCUCCUCGGCACGGAGCGGAGGCAUUGAGCGGGCGAGCCGCCGCGCGGGGACAAGGCUGCGGUGGCCGCUGCGAGCGAGGCGAGGAAGGGGAGGGGGGAUCGCCCUCGCGACAACAACAGCCACCCCCCACCCCCCAAAUCUGGGAUCGAUACUAUUCGCUGGAGACCGAGGACUUGCUCGUCGGCGCACACGCGAGACCGCUGUCAUUAGCUAGCAGGACACACAACUGAGCUGGGGAGGGGGGGUGAGGAGUGUCACAAAAAGUCAUUACAACCUGAGAGAGAGGGGGAGAAAGAAAAAAAACUUCCUACCAAUGGACAACAGGAAGUGACCACCACCACCAACGGGGAGUCUCUGCUUGGAGAAAGAAGCUGCAAGACAAAGAAGAAGGAAGGAGAGGUGAAAGACAAAACUGCCCAAGGUCUUCUGUGUGUGUGCGUGCGUGCGCUUGCGAGAGGAGAGAACAAAAGUCAGCCGGGAAGGGGAGACGGAGAAAGAGACGGAAAAGGAGACAGGAUGGAAGAGCAAAAGACCAGCAUAUGAAGAUCAAGAGAAAAGAAGAGCAGAGCAGCACACACGCACACCGAGAAGAAAGGGGAAAGGAAAGAAGCAUACACAAAAGUUUAUUUUCCUCCUGCAAAGAAAUUACUCACACGUACACAGAAAUCAGAUGCCUUGCAGAUCAACUUCUGGGGGAAGAGAGACCAGGAGGAGACGAGGACGCAGAGUGAUGUGAAGAAAAAAAAAAAAAAAAAAAAAAAAGGAAGAAAAAAAAAGCGAAGAGAGCAGAAGAAAGCGGAGCAAAAGAAACUGAAAGCCGGGGGGAAGAAAGAAAGACAGAAAGGCGAAGAUCGUGACCUCUCCCAACAAGUGAACCUUGCACAUAUGUUGUGUAAAGUGUGUGCAAAACAGAGCCCUCCUGCGUGGUGCGUGUGUGUAUCUCUGCCGCCGCCGCUGCUGCCGCCGCCGCGGUCGGUGCCUCUCGCAGGCGGCGCUGCCGGUGCCGGGGAACCGCAUCAUUUGGCGGAGCGAAGCGGCUAAUUGCGGAGCCCCGUCCUUCAUUUACAUAUGCAGCCUGAGCCCGCUGGAGCCGCGCCAAUCCGCGCUCGCCCCCAGCACCAUUAAUCGCCAUGCAUUAUUCACCACCGUAAUUACCGAGCCCCAUGCGCGCUCCGCGCAGCCGCCCCAGCCCGCCGCGCACGCAGCACCGCACCGCGCACACCCCGCCCGGCUGAGUCCCCGCUCGCUCACCCGCUCACUCACUCACUCUCAGUUUGGUUGGUUGUUGUGCCUUUUUUUUUUUUCUCCUUUUCCUUGGGGUUGGUUGCCUUUUCUGUUGUUGUUUGGUUGGUUUGCUCUGCAACUCGACUUUUAUUUGCGAACAGUUAUUUCCAGCCCCCACAUUCCCCCCCCCCACCCCCCCGCCCUUCCCUCGUUCCCAAUUCCUCCCCCCCUUUCCACCUCCACGUCGCUGAUGCCUCUGCAAAAAGCAGAGUCAAGACGGCUCAGUUAGCAGCAUGUCUCGUCGAAAGCAAGCGAAACCCCAGCAUCUCAAAUCGGACGAAGAGCUGCAAGCGGAGGUAGUUUCUGAGCACGCUGUCCCAGGGGAAGGAGCAGAUGAUGGUGACAGUGGGAAUGAAAGCAGGAGCGGAAGUGAAGAAACGAACGUUUGUGAGAAAUGCUGUGCAGAGUUCUUCAAGUGGACAGACUUCUUAGAGCACAAGAAGAACUGCACUAAAAACCCCCUGGUGCUGAUUGUGAAUGAAGAUGAAGCAGCUCCACCCCCUGCGGAGGAGUUCCCUGAGCCCUCACCUGCUAGCUCUCCUAGUGACCAGGCAGAGAGUGAAGCUGCUGAAGAAGGUGCCCAGACAGAAAACAAUGACAGCUCUGAGAUAAAAAGCACGGAAAAGGAAGAAGAGCCGAUGGAGGUAGAAACAUCUGUGGAGAAAAGUUUCCAGAAUCAAGGCACCUCAAACACAGCUACUCCUCUACCUCAGAUCCCUGAACCAUCAUCUAUGACAAGCUACACCAUGCCAAACACGAAUGUCACACUAGAGACUCUGCUGAGCACUAAAGUGGCUGUCGCACAGUUCUCACAGAGCGCACGGUCCACCGCUUCUGCCAGCAUAAGCAGUGGGGUGACGGCUGUGGCCAUCCCAAUGAUUCUGGAGCAACUCAUGGCUCUGCAGCAGCAGCAGAUUCACCAACUCCAGCUCAUUGAGCAGAUCCGUAGUCAGGUGGCAAUGAUGAACCGCCAGCCACUACGUCCAUCCCUGAACCCUGUCAUCGCUGCCCAGGGUGCUCCAGGGCAGGCAUCGAACCAGCUGCAAGGGUUUGCCACAAGUGCUGCUAUUCAGCUAGCUGCAGUCAUUCCUCCUUCCAUCAUGGGACAGGCCACUGGUGGUCAGCCUGCUGCCUUUGAUGGUUCUCAGCACAUCUCAAGACCUACAUCUGGAGCGAGUACACCCAAUAUAUCCAGCAGUGGCUCUUCUGCCCCACCUGAAUCAAGUGUACCCUCCUCCUCUAAUGCAAUUACAUCUGUAACUCCUGUUUCUGUGUCAAAUUCUACUAACAGUGCUUCACAGCCCCAGAAUGCUUCAACUCCACCUUCAAUAGGACAUGGAAGCCUCACCUCAGUUUCUAACCUGCCAAACCCACUUCUACCUCAGACCUCAUCAAAUAGUGUGAUCUUCCCCAACCCGCUAGUUAGCAUUGCUGCAACAGCUAAUGCACUAGAUCCUCUGUCUGCCCUUAUGAAGCACCGCAAAGGAAAGCCACCAAAUGUGUCAGUGUUUGAACCCAAGUCAAGCUCCGAGGACCCCUUUUUUAAACAUAAAUGCCGAUUUUGUGCCAAGGUCUUUGGAAGUGACAGUGCUUUACAAAUACACCUCCGCUCGCAUACAGGGGAAAGACCUUUUAAAUGUAACAUAUGCGGAAACCGGUUUUCCACAAAGGGAAACCUGAAAGUACACUUUCAGAGGCAUAAAGAGAAAUACCCUCAUAUCCAGAUGAACCCCUAUCCCGUUCCAGAAUACCUCGACAAUGUGCCCACUUGCUCUGGAAUCCCAUAUGGGAUGUCACUGCCCCCUGAAAAGCCGGUCACAACGUGGUUAGACAGCAAACCUGUUUUACCAACCAUUCCAACUUCCAUUGGGCUCCAGCUGCCCCCCACUAUACACGGUGUGAACAGUUUUGGAGAUUCUCCAAGUAUUACUCCCAUGAGCCGGUCACCCCAGAGGCCUUCUCCUGCCUCCAGUGAAUGCACUUCUUUAUCCCCAAGCCUCAAUACAUCUGAGUCAGGCAUUCCAGUGUCUGCUGAAUCCCCGCAGACCAUUCCAAGCAGCUCAUGUCUGACUAAGGCAGAACCUGUCAGUCUGCCUCCCACGGGCACACGGCUUGGGGAAAUCUCUGUAGGUGGGCAAGUUUCCACAGCUUCCACGUCUUCAGUUCCUACUACUGUUACAGACAGCGGUGUUUCAACAAGCCUCCCAAACCCUGUGCUUCCAGCAAUGUCUGACCAGUUUAAGGCAAAAUUUCCAUUUGGUGGUCUGCUAGACUCUAUGCAAACAUCAGAAACCUCAAAACUGCAACAGCUGGUAGAGAACAUUGAUAAGAAGAUGACAGAUCCAAAUCAAUGUGUCAUUUGUCACCGUGUGCUUAGUUGUCAGAGUGCUCUCAAGAUGCAUUACAGAACGCAUACAGGAGAAAGACCAUUUAAAUGCAAAAUUUGUGGACGUGCCUUUACUACAAAAGGCAAUCUAAAAACACAUUUUGGAGUUCAUCGAGCGAAGCCCCCACUUAGAGUACAGCACUCAUGUCCCAUUUGUCAGAAGAAAUUUACAAAUGCAGUUGUUCUUCAGCAGCAUAUUCGUAUGCAUAUGGGUGGGCAAAUUCCAAACACACCAUUACCAGAGGGCUUCCAGGAUGCCAUGGACUCAGAGCUUUCCUAUGAUGAGAAGAACAUUGACACACUGAGCAACUUCGAUGAUGACAUUGAUGAAAAUUCUAUGGAAGAGGACCCAGAGUUAAAGGAUGCAGCAAGUGACUCAUCCAAACCCCUUAUCUCUUACUCUGGGUCAUGUCCUUCUUCACCACCUUCUGUGAUCUCCAGUAUUGCUGCUUUGGAGAAUCAAAUGAAAAUGAUUGAUUCUGUCAUGAACUGUCAGCAGCUGACCAGUUUAAAAUCCAUAGAAAAUGGAUCAGGAGAAAGUGACCAUUUAAGCAAUGACUCCUCAUCAGCUGUUGGCGAUCUUGAAAGCCAGAGUGCAGGCAGCCCUGCAAUGUCAGAGUCUUCUUCUUCCAUGCAAGCUCUGUCUCCUGUAAAUAGCAAUAGUGAAAGUUUUAGAUCAAAGUCCCCAGGUCUCAGUAACCAGGAAGAACCACAAGAAAUCCAAUUAAAGACAGAAAAACCAGACAGUCCACCACCUGCAACUGAAAAUGGAGGCGCAUUAGAUCUGACAUCCACCAACCCAGGAAGACCGGUCAUCAAAGAGGAGGCUCCUUUUAGCCUGCUGUUCCUGAACAGAGAACGUGGUCCCAGCCAAAGUACUCCUAGCCUGGUCACCAGUACAGCGCCUACCAUGAUCAAAAUGGAAGUGAAUGGUCACAGCAAGCCGAUCUCUUUGGGUGAGGUUCCCUCGCUUCCAGCUGGAAUCCAGGUUCCUGCUGCACCACAGACAGUGAUGAGUCCGGGGAUCACCCCUAUGCUGGCACCCCCCCCUCGCCGGACUCCCAAGCAGCACAACUGUCAGUCUUGUGGGAAGACCUUCUCCUCAGCAAGUGCACUGCAGAUACACGAACGCACCCAUACUGGUGAAAAACCGUUUGGUUGCACAAUCUGUGGUAGAGCUUUUACCACAAAGGGGAAUCUUAAGGUUCACAUGGGAACUCACAUGUGGAAUAACGCCCCUGCACGUCGUGGCCGCCGCCUCUCCGUGGAAAACCCCAUGGCUUUGCUGGGUGGUGAUGCGCUGAAGUUCUCUGAGAUGUUCCAGAAAGAUCUGGCAGCUCGGGCCAUGAAUGUUGACCCCAAUUUUUGGAACCAAUAUGCUGCAGCUAUCACUAAUGGACUUGCUAUGAAGAACAACGAGAUUUCUGUCAUACAGAACGGAGGCAUUCCUCAGCUCCCAGUAAGUCUAGGCGGAGGCGCCAUCCCGCCUCUAAGUAACCUUACCAGUGGCAUGGACAAAGCUCGCACAGGCAGCAGCCCUCCCAUUGUUGGUUUGGACAAAGCAAGUUCUGAAACUGGAGCCAGUCGUCCAUUCACCAGAUUUAUUGAGGAUAAUAAAGAGAUUGGCAUAAAUUAAAAGCAUUCAUUAUGAAUAACUGUUGGACCGCUACUCGACACAACACUUGUCCUUUUCCAUGUACAGCUUUUGAAGCUAAGCAUUAGUUUCCUGACCUAAACGCAUAGGUUCCCUUUAAAAUUUUACCCAUAGCAGAAAUACCUAACUUUGUGGCUGCUGAAAAGUUGUCUUGCAAGAUCUGCAUGGUACUUCUUUCAACAGUGAGUUUGACUGUUACUGAGAACUUUGAUCCCUUUUAAUUUAACAGAAACAAACAAAAAAAUCCUUGGAUAACUUCAUUAGAAACAGAAAGAGGCUAGUCUACGUCCACUUUGCUUCUUACAAAACUUAUCAACUGAGAAAGGGGGGCUUCACUAUGGCAUUCUGUCACACUUAUUUGCUGGUUUUGUUCAAAUUAGUUAGCAACAUGGACUAUGUUUUUAGGAACCUUAAUCUUAAAUAAGUGAUUUAGUACCCCAAUGCUGUGUAUUAUUACAGUAUCCUUGUCUGUAGUAUUUAUAAUGUUAAGAUUAUGCGGGUAACAGACAAUAUACUAGCCCCAAACUUAAAUGAAGCUUUUGUACUGCAAAAUACAUCUGGCUAUGUGAUUUAUUUUUAUUUUUUAAGCAAGUUUUGCUUUACUAUAAGUAAGUGGUUUAUUUCAAUGCAGGCAAAAUUGUGAAGUUCUAUUGGGAAAGAUAGCAUGCUUUUCAUGUGCAAGAACCUGUCAGUAACAAACUUUUUUUUUUUUUUUUUUUUAUUUUAAUUUAAGUAUUUGUAGCUGCUAUGUGGACAGUUGUUCUAUUAAAUGAUAAAAAAAUGUAGUGUGGACUUUAGUUCAAUGAUUGGAAAACAAGUUACAGACAAACCUUAGCACCAGAAAUUAUUCACAACUUUAUAAGCAGUUGUGAUUAAUACUUCAUGUUAUCAAAGCUGUACAAUAAAAAGGUAAUGUUUGUAUAAUGUGGUUGCAAACUCUUAAUUUAUACUAUUGCACUUUUAGUAUUUUGUAUUAGGGAGGUUUGUCUAUAAUUUGAACCUGAACAAAGAUGUAAACUAUUUUAUAAAUAGUACUUUGACUUAAGGAAUAAGGGGGGAAACCCUGUUACAGUUUCUUGUUUUGUUUUAAGGUCAAACAAUGAGAGACUUCUAUUAACUAAGCAGAAAAGUUGCAGAGAACCAUCAGAUCCUUAGGAAAUAUGGGGCCUGCCAUUUCUUAAAUUGAAAUGAUUCAUUUAACUUUCUACAAAGCCCACUUAAAAGCGUGACCACCCCCAACAGAAUUCUGAUAAAUUUAUCUUGGAAGUGUGAUAUUAAUACAAGCCUAGGAUAGAUGAAGGAGAACAUUGUGUAGGUUUAAUUUUACUGUAAUCUGUUCUGUCUCUUUCACACAUACCCACAAGAAAGAUGUUGACUGCCUAAUAACACGGGGAACAAAAUAAUAACUUUUGGGCAGUCUGAGCAGCAGUAUGUUCUGUAUUUAUUUCCAACUCUUGCUGAUUAUCUUCUCAGAUUGCUUGGAAGCACAAUGUACUCUGAUUAAUCGAAUAUAAUUUUAUGUUGAUUGCAUUCUUUAAAUUACACUGAGUAAAUAAAGGGAAUGGUUCCACUCAUAAGUUAGGUUGGGGAUGCAGAGGAGACUGGGGCUUAAUCAAAACUUGAACAGUAAACAUUUUGUGUACUACCUCAUUUUUGUGCAUUACAAGCAUGGUGUAGUCUGACACUAUGAACUUCCGUCCAGCAGAAUUGCUUGAGGGACAUUAUGGGUAGCUGGGUAACAGCGCAAGGAGUUUUAUGCCCCUGAAGAAUGAAUCAGACAGUGAGGUCUUCUCAGUUGAGACUGAAAAAUAGGACAAUCUUUCUUAUACAACAAAAACUAUUACUGUGAGAGGAUGGACUAUUUCAGCCAUCAUGUAAUGGAGUGAAAAGUGUUGGAAAGACUUAUUAGCUGUUUGUUUCUAUUAGAAAUAAACAAUGAAUUAUACAGCUCCAUUUUCUACAGUGAUGAGAUAGAGAUAUAUAGAUAUAUAUAUCUAUAUAUAAACAAAGUUAUAUAUCUAUAAUGCCUCUACAAUAAAACAUCUUUUUUUUUUAAUUAUUUCUUUUUAUUUUUUAUUUUUUUUUUGCCACAGUAUGUGGGUGGUUAGGGGUGUUUCCAAGCAUUUUAAAAGAGAAAACUGAGGUGGCUCAAUGUUGCUGUAUUUCAGCAAAUGAAUGUUUUUAUUUAUCUGUGUCAUUUUUGGUGUGACUUUUUGUUUGUUUGUUUGUUAGUAUUUGGUACCAUGUAGUGUUAUCUCGAUUCCCUAAAAGAUGUGUAUAAUUAAAAAAAAGGGGGGGAGGGAGGGAAAAAAAAAGAAAAAGUAAAAAAAAAAAAAAUGUAAAGUGUUGUAAAUAAGAUGGUUGAUGAUGGUACAGUAAGACUGACCCCAUUUUGUAUUCAGGGUUAGGUCAAUCCUCUCUGCAUGGUGAAGAGAGACACUAUUUUUAUACUGUGAUACCAUGUAGGGCUAGGAGCCUCCCUGAACCAGCUGGGAAUUGUUACCUAGAUCCAAUAUUUUUUAUUAUUAAAUCUUGUUGGCUUGACACAUCUACUGAUUGAAAUGGAUGUCUUAGUCUAGGUUACUAUUUUUGUCAUAUGGAAUUGAAUAAAAUGCAGGAUGUAAUAUUAUUUCUGAAUUGUGUUCCUUGAUUAUUCUAAUAACAGAGCAAGAUAUGAGAACAAGGUCACUUGUAGUAGAUUGGUGUCAAUGACUUCUAAUCGUUGCAUCUGACAAUUGGAAUAAGGUCGACACCUUGUAUUCAAAUGCAAUUCUAAUAUAUAUUAAUGGUGCAAAGGGGUAGAAUUCUUCAAGUCUCUUUUCCAAUAAAAAUAAAUCCUAAGAGCAUUUCUUGCAAGACAGUAGAAGAAAAUAGUAUGGAGGGGAGGAAACAGCCUUUGGAAGUACUACUGUUUCAAAUUGACUGCAUUCUGAACACUUCUUGUGCAGUUCUACAACAAAAGCUUCCUUUUCAUGUUGUUUAAGCAUUUGCCUAAUAUUCAUGAUACACGGCAUGAUAAAAUUUGUGAACAAAUUUAUCAGAAGCAGUUCAAAAUCUAAAAUACAAAAGUAAGAACAAAACUGAGAAAUCGCAUCCAUUCAUUCCAAAUGACAUAUUCUGUAUGUUAAAACCUAUGGCUUUUUUUGUUGGUGGUGUUGGUGGUGGUAGUUUUGUUGUUUUUUUGUUGUUGUUGUUGUUGUUUUUUAAUUUUUAUUUUUUAUUAAGACCCCAAUUUGUCAAAGCAUGUCUAACUUUAAGCAAAUUAUUUUUUCAUGUUAAUUUAAAUGCAAGUAUUUACAUUCUUAAAGUUAGGCAUGUGAUUAAGUAUCUCCUGCAAAAAAAGCUGUAUGUUUGAGUAACCUUCAAGCUUUUAUAAUCCAGUGAUGAAUGCCUGCUGCAUUUAAUAUGGAAAAAAAUAAAUAAAAGAAAAAAAAUCUGAAUUAAUCAUUUUUCAGUGGCCUUGCUAUGGUUUUAUAAGGUCUGCUCAAAGAGAAUAUGAGUUUCCUCUGGUGACUCAACAACAACAAUAGGUUUGUGCUUGUGCUUUUGACCUUGCAUGCACAUCCCUGGGCCUUGCUGAGAGAAAACAUGAUAUGCAAAAAAAGAAAGAAAGCGAAGGGGCACCGAUAGUUAUGAUACUGUUUAAAACAUAAGAGGAAUAUUACCUGCCUUCCUCUCCACCUCCACAAAAAGGAUGAAAUCAGAAGUGGUAUUUAUUUUUUAAAUAUGCAAUGGGUUAUUUUUGUUAUUAUAGGAAGAAAGAUUAAAAUGUGUUACAUGGAUAAAAAAUUUCAAUGUCUGCUCAAUUACAGAUAUUUAAAAAUAGAGCCAUGUAGGAACUCUAUAAUCAGAAAAAUUGCAUGCUAUGAUAUUUUGAGGGGAGGGUUAUUUUAUGUUGUGAAAGUUCCAGAAAGGCUUUCAAACUCUUCACUUAUAUUUUUUCCACAAGUUAUUAGAAAGAGAGCACUUAUGACAAAUGAUUAAUAUAACUGCUUUCUUGCCUGUUUUAUUUUUUCUUUUGUCAUUAUUAGCUGUCAAUAUAAUAUCUGUUCCUUUACCUAUUUUGUCCUUUUUAUCUUGGCAAAUAUUUUGUUUUCUUCCAGCUGCAUUUGUCUGUAUUUUUGUUGCCUUUAAUUUACUUCUCUGCAUGUACUCUGUCAUUUGGAAGAGACCGUGUACUAUUUUUUUCCCUUUUUCUCUAAUUCUGCAGAAGUCAAAAGAGCUGCCUGUUUUUUUACAUCUGUUUGUAAAACUAACAUAAUGAAUGAUGAAGUCAUCAGCGAUGUGAUCAGGUACGUGUGUAGCUUGCAGGAUUUGCUAACAAACAUGCCAUUCACACUCUUUUCUUCAAAUGAAGGCACUAAGUUUUGUUAGUGUGCUGGUAUCAAGCAGUCACAGAUGGUCAGGAGGAUGGAGAUCCCGAUCCCAACUUCAUUGUGCCUGCUUUUACACCACUGGAAUCUCCAUGGACUUCAGUAGAGAUACUCCAAGUGACUAGCUAUAUAGUAUAUUAAAAGUAUGUGUAGGCAAAAGGAUUCUGGAUUUAUUUUUAAAAAGAUGGAAGAGAUAAUACAUAUAUUUUAGUACAGACAGCAGUAUUAUCCCCAUUUUAAAGGAGGUCCUGAAAUCUGAGUCUAAAAAAGUUGACUGUCCCUUGAUAUAGAAUUUGAUGUGAGAAUGAAAUCAUAUGAAUAAUCAGUCUCUUUGCAUAUAAAUGAGCAAAAGAACCUUUUAUGUACAAAAGCAGAAAUGCAAGAAUCUGGCUAUGAGAUUUUUACGCAAUGUAGACCAUAACAGGAAAAUUAUUUCCUUUCGCAGAUAUUAAAGGUAUCAGCAGAUUAAUUAAAAGAGAAAUACAUGUCUGUGCAUGUAGCUGCACCAAUAUAUAGUAUUCUAUUUUUUUCAGAAGGCAGAAUGGCUUAAUCCACUGACAAAGUGUCAUAUUAGAAAGCCAAAAGCUUUGGGCUGUGCCACUGAUGUAUUUUAGGGAAGUGGGCAAAUCUCUAAUUAGACUCCUAUUCUGCUUGAUAAUUGUAGUCUCUGGACUACAGGUAGUCUGUACUCUCUGGGAAUCAGGGACUGAACACACAUGCCCCCCCACCCCCAAGUCAGCUAGCACCUUGUAGUAUUGGGAUGAGUUGUCCUGUCAGUAAAGAUGGGGAAAUACUUUUGUACCUACCUCACAGGGAUGUUGUGAGGAAUAAUUUUAUGUCUGUAGUGUUUCAAAGAUGGAAAAUGCUUGGUAUUACCACUGAUUUUAGAGAGUUUACAGUACAUGUACUAUUAUUUAUUAUUUGUACUCCAGUAGUACUUACAGGCUCCAGUCAGGACUGAGAGGCCUUAUCCUAAAUGUUGUACGUUCACCUAUUUGGGAUUGAUAUAAAAUUUUAUUCAGUAACAUUUUUCCAAUGGCGGUUCUUCAUUAUCAAAUAUCUAAUUACUCUAGUGGGUUUCAUUCAAUUAUUUACGUGUUCAAAUUGAUUAUCAGGUUUAGACUACAGCUUAGACUUAUCUGAUAUCACAUUUUGUUUUGAGCUUGUAUUGAUUUUCAGAAAGUGCACCAAUUUUCUAUGGAUAAUCUAGAAUCAAAUCUUGCUAUCAGUGGAAUUCUACUGUACUUUUUGCUAUUAAAGCUAAACAUUAAAAUAAAUGUGUGUGUAUAUAUUAUUAUACACAAAUAUAUAAUAUACAUGUACCUAUAAACAUGUACGUUUAAAAUCUCUUUAGCUGCUUAGAAUUAAUUUCAAAACGUGUUGAGUAUUUUGUUCAAGCGUUAUCCAUCUCAGAUGCAACUAAAACAUCGGUAAAUGGUGUUGGCCCUCAGUAAAGACAUGGAUUGAAAAUCAUGACAACAGAAGACAUAUCAUCAGUGUGGUUUUAUUUAUUUAGGCUUGUGAGGAAAGUCUCAAAUGUGUUAAAAACUUUAAUUAAUUCAUAAAAGUCUUUACUUAGUUUAUGUUGAAGCAAACUAUUAUAUCAGGAUGAGUCGCUCACUGUAUAUAAGUAUGUUAAAAUAAAUAAUUAAUUAAUUCCAAA